AUGAUACCAGGCGCGUCAUCAGCUAAGGUCAUUAGUCCCUUCAGCGUCGUGCUCAGAAGGUGGCGGUGUGUUCCCCUGGUGGAUAGUAAGUCCCGGUACCGACCUACCGUCGGCUAUCAGAAUUUUCCCCAACCAGGUGUCUCCCACCAGCGGGGCACCGCCCUAGCCGGAACACUCUCUGAGCUCCCGGCCGGUCUCCCGGCAUUGUGUGUGUGUAAGGAAGAGGAAGGUAAGAUCGCCCCAGUUUGGGGAAUGACGUUAGGCGAUUUGAAAAGAGGAGAGAGAGCUACGGCAGGAAGUGAUGCCUGGCGUCAUCAAGGGGCCGUGCCCUUCACAUCUGUCAGCAGAGGCGACACGUUUGUUCACUCACCCUGGCCCAGGUCUAGGCCUUCGCCGGAACUAAAGGUCACAGCACGGGGACCAGCAUAUCCCCCCACGUCUGACGGGGGGUCAGUUGUGAUCAAGAUCUGACGCGGGCAGUCAGCGAUCUGGUUAUCGUCCAUAACGAAUUAACUAGCAAACACGGACUUACAGUGAACCAGUUUUUCAAUUUCUUGCUAGUGUUGAAGUGCAAAGUGUUACAAGAAACUAAACAAGCGAGUUCGUCACGACCUCAAUCUUCUUGUGGCGGGAACCAUGGUCUGCAGCUCCUGUCAUCGACGUAUGGAAGCACAUUACAGCUCCGGCCACGUCGUGGGCAUCUGCCUCCCCAGUCGCCGCGGAGACUGCGUGGGCUUCCGCAUGGCGUUCGACGGGAAGUGCUACAGGGAGGAGCUGGUCCACGACGUCAUCUGCGGCUGCCAGGACCCGCCCGUGCCGCACCCGCUGGCCGGGUUCGAGUGCCGCUGCGCGCCCCACCGGCCCGCGACGCGGGUGACUCAGCCCCAGCAGGACGGCCGCUGCCUCAUUCCUGACCUCCAUGCGCCCUACGCUGACGACCACGCGCUCACCGCCGUGUACCCCGUGGCGGGCGCCUACCCUCUGCGCUGUUCGAACAGCCACUGUUACGUCGCGCCCGACAGACCCCGUGCCGAAUGCUCCGGCGCCCAGAGGCGCUGUUUCAAGAAGGGCAUGGUUUGGGUGGCUGCCAGGAAUCGCUGUUUCCGGCUCCUCGAACCAGGCCCAUGCGAGAGGAAUUACAUUUUGGUGCUGUCCAAGAACGAAACGCUGGGGAAUAUUGCCUUUUGUAGGCACAUACGUGGCGACUGCCCACCUGGAAAGAUUCACAUGGCUUUUGACCAACGCUGUCACGAUGAGCGCGAAAUGAAAAUGAUCGCACCGUCUGAUCUGCAAAGGAAUGUCUUCGGGGAUUACAUGCUUCCCAUGUUGCUGGAAGUUCUGUAUGCUCCUGUCGUUUAUCGCAACCAUUGCGCCAUACGAAUUGAAACAAUUCCGAUCAUUAUAGGUCGGACUAGUGGGCUUCCGGAACCCCCUUGUGGUCACAAUAAUAUAGGUGACUGUAUAGUUGAGGUCUAUGCUGAACCUCCCUUACCACUAGAUGAUUUGUAACUGAAUAUUGCCAUAUCUUUCUUUUUUGAGAACAAUCAUUCUCUAUAUAUCUUUAUUUAAAUUUAAAUAGUACACUGUAAGGAAAAUAUUAAAGAUAAACCUCUAGCAGUUGCCAUUUGCAUUUCUUUAUAAUACAGCGAAUCUAAAUCCGGAAUUUCUUGGGUGAAACCCACUAUCAAUUAAUUACAUUACAUAUUUAAUUCUCUGUUAUCUUACUGUGGUUUCCUGGCUUUGUCAAUAGACAACGUUGACUCAAUAAAAGCUAUUUUCCAUAUAGAUUCUGAAUACUAUUUCACCUUCUCCAAUUCUUUUUCAACAACAGUAUCUGUGAACACAAGGACCCAAACCUUACGUUACGAAACUUUUUCGAAAAUAGCGUUUCCUGAAAUUUAUAGGGCUACAUCACAGAUUUUCAAACAUUUUGAAGGUCGUAAAUCCCAUAUUUGUCAAAAGGCAAAUGAAGCUAUAUAAUGAAAUAACCC